UCUCUUUCAUUCACGGGUUCACUUAACUGUUCCACACUACUUUUUUUUUUCCCUCUCUCUGUUUCACUUUUUCCCCCAGUUUCGCCCUGUAAAAUCCCCUGUUUUUUGUUCUAGGGCUUUUCUGCAAUUUGUCUUUCCUUCUCCGUUUGCCAUGAAUGCAUUGGUGGUGUUUCUCUUAGCCGUCGUCUGGUUUCCGGUUAUUGGGGGAGUGACGGCGGCUUCUACGGCGGUGGUGAAGGUGGGGAAUGUUUCGAAGGUUGAAGAUGCAGUGAAUUUCAGGAUUUAUUAUGGACAGUCGUUUAAAGUUAUUAAGAACGCCAUUGAUGGCAAGAGCUACCUUCUCAUUCAGAAUAAUUCAAAGAUGGCAGGAAGAACCAAGUAUUGCACUUCAAGGAUCAAAUCGUAUGUCAUCCCUUUGACUAAUUACUCGGUAGAUACCGACCUUUUUCCAGUUUCCUUUUUCGAGCUUCUAGGGUUAUUAGGAAGCUUGAAGGGGAUAACGUCGGAGAGGGUGACGUCAGAAUGCGUAUUAAAGCAAUACGAAAAAGGAGACAUUCAGAUUAUAAAUAAAACGGAAACACAACAGCUGGCACAGUUUGCGGCUCACUUCGUUGCUGACGUGGACCAACCACAGUCCUGCAAUUUUGCCACGUUUCUUCCUUCCUCCGAGGAUACUCCUUUGCAAAGAGCAGAGUGGAUAAAAUUCUUGGGAGCUUUUGCAAACCUGGAGGCAAGAGCCACUCAAAUUUACAGUGCGAUCAAAGAAAAUUACAUGUGCCUGAAGAAUAUAGCAACCACUAGAAAGACUUUCAAACCCAUUGUCGCUUGGAUGGGUUACUAUGAUGGCAUAUGGUCUUUCACAAAGGAUGCCUACAAGCUUAAGUAUAUAGAAGAUGCAGGAGGAGAAAAUGUGGAUGACUCCAUCAACAAAAUCACAUACAACGUCUCUAAUCCCGAUGACUUAGAUGCCUUUCAUGGUAUCCUUUGUACGGUGGAAGUGAUCAUCGAUGAAACAUUUACAUCAGAUCCAGCUACGUACAACUUGUCCACGUUUCUUCAACUAAUCAACAUUCAAGACCAAUCUUGCCUCUCUUUUCUUUCCACUCAAAGCAUUUGGCGAUUUGACAAACGAUUUCACAACUCCAACGCUUUCGAUUGGUUCGACGGAGCAAUCUCACAACCGCAGUUGGUAUUGGCAGACAUCAUAGAGGUUUUGUUCCCUACGGGCAAUUUCACAACAACCUAUUUUAGGAACUUGGCAAAGGAGGGAGUUACAAACAUUGGUUCAGAAAUGUGUGAGAGAGAUAGUUCCUCUGCUUUGGAGCCCACCAUCAUAGCCUGUGGAUAAUUUUAUCCUCUCUUUUAUAUUUCAUAAUUUUCAAACUUUUAUUUAGACCCUAUGAUUCAAACUCAUAUUUGUGUGGAUGCUUUUAGGACAAUACUUUUAAAUGAAACACUUAUUAUUUUUUUUAUUAAUUGUUUUACAUA